GUAAAGGCAGCAUCGCUGGCAGCCUUCCGCUUGUUGGAUAAACACGCAGCUUCCAAACAUGACCGCUGCUGUUGUUGUCCGGAGGUUAGCAGCUCUGUCAGGGGCUUCUGCGGCGGCAGCAGUGCCAUACGGGGCUCACGGCUUCAAAAACAGCGACCCCGACAGCAAGUUCCGGAGAGCGCUAUUUGAAAUGGCCAACAAGUAUCAUUUCUACCACAGCCUGGCUCUGCUGGGUGCUGCCCACUCCAGCAAACCUGCUGUGGCGGGGACCCUCCAUGACUGGUGGUACAGACCCUGUAAUAAGCAAGAUUGCUCGCAUGGGGGGUGUAGCUAUGAUCGCUGGCUGGCUGGCUAUAAUUCUCUGAACUGUAACAGUUCACGUCCCCUCCACAGGGCCGCUCUGUGACGCUGGACUGUCAGACUGUUAAUGGAUGAACUGCAGAGCUUGGGGGGGGGGGGGGGGGAAGUUUAGAAGUGCGGAGUAAUGUCGCCCAUCUAAUCGCUCCCUGUCCGGGGGUUGUGGGUGUCAGCGGCAGAUAAGGUCACAGGAUUAUCACUUUUCUACCAUUGCUGUCUGUUUCUGAUCGCUGCCCUUAAGUUAAAAUGGAUACACAGAGAAUAAAGCACGUGUCAUCUCGACGAAUUGUUGACUAAUUUCCACUGGUAUGUCAAUUUUGAACUUGGAAAUAAAAUCUAGAAGUUCCCGAAGCUUUACUUAACAGUGAAUAAAUGCAGUUUCUAUUUAUGUUUCUGUAAAUGUAUACAGCAGUGGUAUUGCAGAAGUAGAGCAAAAAUGAAAGGAAUAUGAGGAGAAAUAAAUACUUUUUCUUACACAUU